UGCUGCCAGGCCGCAUUUUCAUAUCCCACGGAUCCAUUUUUAGAUCCGCUGCACUUUACAGACCUAUUCUUGGCUCGGAAAAUAUUGUUUUUGAAAACAACAACAGCCGAAUCCGUUGACACUCACAAUUAACGAUCUCGGCCAAGUCCAAAGAAAUGGCGAAAAAUAUUAUGAUGGCACUUUUUGGGGUAAAUAUUUUGCGGGCUCCCCCUUUUGUUUUUAACCCUUUUGAGAGGGGAAAAUGCGGUUGGGAGAUCUGAAAAAGGGGAGGUAUCUUCUGGCCCGAAAAACGCGCUAAUUGCCGGCAAUCGCAGGCGCAUAAAAAUAAAUUAACAUACGUUUAUUAAACGAAGAUAAAAAUCGAAUUCGCUCACUCUUUUUGGUCCGCUGAAUGAUAUAUACAUAUGUAUUGGCUUUGAUGUACGAUGUUGGCGAACUAUAAAACCAUUGGCCGACCGCCGACUGGUCUCAUUUCGGCGGUGACGGGCCGCAAGUUUGCACAGUGGAAUCAGAUAGAAGUAGCAUAUAUAAUAUACAGAACCAUCGAAAUGAUGGGCGAUCGUAGCUGGAAUCUGCUGCAAUAUGCCACCGAGAAGGCGCCACUUCCCUUGGAUGGUUACACCGCCGAGGAGGCGGCUCAGUUCAAGGACAGCAUCAGGCAGAAGAUUGUGGACGAUCUAAAGUCGAUGACGGGUGAGGAGCUCAUUGAGUUGGUCAAGAGGAAUGCCGCUCAAGUGGAGGAGGAGAAGCCACAAGCUCCCACCAAGGAACCUCUCUCGGGAACCGAAGAGGGAAAGGAGCGCAUCCAAGACGAUGCGGAUCUAAUCGAUGCAGGGAUUAUAGCCGAAAUGGUCGCUGGACUCUGCACCAAAAGCCAAAAGGAGACGUUCAUCAAGGUGAUAACGAAGUAUAUCAGCAAUCAGAGACGCCACUAUUCGAUGCGGCCCCAUCGGGAACAGGAGCAGCGAAAUGCGGAGGAUGUGCUCUUCGACAUGUUCGCCAGCGAGGAGACGGGCCUCAUCUCGAUGGGCAAGUUCCUCGCCGGGCUGAAGACCACGGGCAUCCGGCGGAAUGAUCCCAGAGUGCGGGAACUGAUGGACAACCUGAAGAAGGUGCACAAAUUGAACAACUACGAGACGGGUUCUUCGGCGGAAACCCAGCAUCUCAAUCGGGAGACCUUCAAGGCUGUGGUGGCCCCCAACAUUGUGUUAAUUGCCAAGGCCUUUCGCCAGCAGUUUGUUAUCCCCGACUUUACCAGUUUCGUUAAGGACAUCGAGGACAUUUACAACCGCUGCAAGAGCAACACCCUCGGCAAGUUGGCCGACUAUAUCCCGCAGCUGGCUCGCUAUAACCCCGACUCCUGGGGUCUGAGCAUCUGCACUGUUGAUGGCCAGCGCUUCUCCAUCGGAGACGUGGAGGUGCCCUUCACCCUCCAGAGUUGCAGCAAACCCCUGACCUACGCCAUUGCUCUGGAGAAGCUGGGACCCAAGGUGGUGCACUCGUACGUGGGACAGGAGCCCAGUGGCAGGAACUUCAACGAGCUCGUCCUGGAUCAGAACAAGAAACCGCACAACCCGAUGAUCAACGCAGGGGCGAUCCUCACCUGCUCGCUGAUGAACGCGCUGGUCAAGCCGGACAUGACCUCCGCGGAGAUCUUCGACUACACGAUGUCCUGGUUCAAGCGGCUCUCUGGCGGAGAGUACCUCGGGUUCAACAACGCGGUGUUCCUCUCGGAGAGAGAAGCUGCUGACAGGAACUACGCCUUGGGAUUCUACAUGCGGGAGAACAAGUGCUUCCCCAAGCGAACCAACCUGAAGGAGGUGAUGGACUUCUACUUCCAGUGCUGCUCCAUGGAGACUAACUGCGAGGCGAUGUCCGUCAUCGCCGCCAGUUUGGCCAACGGAGGCAUUUGCCCCACCACCGAGGAGAAGGUCUUCCGGCCGGAGGUGAUCCGGGAUGUCCUCUCGAUCAUGCACUCCUGCGGCACGUACGACUACUCCGGCCAGUUCGCCUUCAAGGUGGGCCUGCCAGCCAAGUCCGGAGUGAGUGGCGGCAUGAUGCUGGUCAUCCCCAAUGUGAUGGGCAUCUUCGCCUGGUCGCCGCCCCUUGACCACCUGGGCAACACGGUGCGCGGCCUGCAGUUCUGCGAGGAGCUGGUCUCCAUGUUCAACUUCCAUCGCUACGACAACCUGAAGCAUCUGUCCAACAAGAAGGAUCCGCGCAAGCACCGCUACGAGACCAAGGGCCUCUCCAUAGUCAAUCUGCUCUUCUCGGCGGCCAGCGGGGAUGUGACGGCCCUGCGGCGCCAUCGCCUCUCCGGGAUGGACAUCACCCUGGCCGACUACGAUGGCCGCACGGCCCUGCAUCUGGCCGCCUCCGAGGGCCACCUGGAGUGCGUCAAGUUCCUGCUGGAGCAGUGCCACGUGCCGCACAACCCCAAGGAUCGCUGGGGCAACCUGCCCGUGGACGAGGCCGAGAACUUUGGCCACAGCCAUGUGGUGGAGUUCCUGCGCUCCUGGGCGGAGAAGGCCGGCCAGUCCGGCGAGGAGUCCCAGCCGGAGGCGGUGACCACCAAGACUCAAGCGGAUGAGGUCAGUUCAAGUCCAAGUUCAAGUUCAAGUUCAAGUCCAGGUUCAAGCUCAAGUCCCCAGGCCAUCAAUCUCCUGGGGCAGAAGCCAAGCCAGAGUCAAGAGAGUCAAGAGCCCAAGCUGAAUUCCAAUCUCACUUUCCAGGAAAUCUGCAGCACCAGCGAUUUGGAGACCAGUCCGGCCACCAGUCCCAUUCCCACGCCCCUCGAUUCCGGAUCCAGGGCGGGAUCGGGACGCUCCAGUCCGGUGCCUUCGGAUGCGGGCAGCACGGCGAGCGCCGGAAGUGCCAGCAGCGUCGACGACAAAACCAAGCCGGGAUUGUAGACGCCUGGAUUGAAUGAUGGAUUCCCCCGCAGAAUCUCUCCUACUAAGUUAUUCGCACAACCCUUUAGUUUAUGUAUGGCGAUUAGAUUAAAGCUAAGAUUACCCGGUUAGUCCUAUGUGAUUUGUAGUAGUCAUCCCACGUGCACCUCGUGGUCCUUCGCGCAGGAUCCGCUGCACGAGCGGCAUUUGUACUUGCACUUGUAGUGCUUAGUUAGCCUCAAAUAUUCCAGGGUAUCCUACGAAACAAUGACAAUAAUCUUAACAUAUACUAUGUACUAACCCACAAUUUUGGGUCUGUGACCCGCCCAAAUGUAUUGCAUUCGUACUUGUCAAUUGAUAUUUGUGUAUGCGUUUGUAAGUGUAUUAAUUAACCUGUUCCAAAGGUCAAGCUAUGUGCCUGCACACUUGAUUUCAGUUGAAUAUAAAUAUAUAGUUAGCUGAAAAACAACAGAAUAUAUGACUUAUCUUUACCUUAAACUCGAUGGUCUGGUUUCUAAAAUUUUACACUAUAUAUUGAUGUUCCUUCUACUUUGUAAAAUUAAAAAGUUAAAUAAAUUGGCACAAUUCAACUUUGCUAUA